UAAAGCAUGUUUGUUCUUGUCCAAUCUCGCUUGGGGAAGCCUGUGCUUCUGAUGCUAAUACUUGUCUUAACAACUGUAGAGUAAAUUAUUUGUGUAAGAUUUUCUCCCAAAGCUCUAGAAAAUGCAUGUCAAGUCGCUAUGGAUAAAAGUUUCUGCUAAUUGACUAAAAUCUAAUGUACACAUAAAAGACAAAGGGCACAAAACCAAUGUUUGUUUUCAAAGGCACUUCCUGCACUAUGGUAUUAAUUAAUACAUUUUUAUUUAACUAGGCAAGUCAGUUAAGAACAAAUUCUUUUUUACAAUGGCGACCUACCCUAAUGGCCAAACCUAACCCGGACGACGCUGGGCCAAUUGUGUGCCGCCCUAUCGGACUCCCAAUCAAGGCCGGUUGUGAUACAGCCUGGAAUCUAACUAGGUUCUGUAGUGAUGCCUCUAGCACUGAGAUGCAGUGCCUUAGACCGCUGCUCCACUCGGGAGCCCAAAAAAGGAGUGUCAAUUGAUACCAAUUUCAAUAUGGAAUCAAAGAUCUACAACUCUACAUCUGAACUUGUACAGUGUCAUUCAUAUUGGCAGACACGUUUAAAACACAUAACAUGGAAUCAACAAUCAACUGUGAGAUUCAACCUAACAGUUCCAGAGGGGAAAUCAACAUGAGGGUGGACAGGACGGUUGAUAUACCUGUUUAUGACAUCUCACUGCUCAGGAACAUUUGGGAAGGCAGAGAGAAAAAAUACAAAAACAAGCAGAAGAAGGAACACGAGCGAGUACAGAAAAGCGCUCUGGCAAAGAUCAAUCAACAAUGGCAGUAUCGCAUAGCAUGCAAGACAUUGAAGUCCAACGAGGUGGAAGUGCUCCAACACUACCUGACGAGAACAGCUCUGAAUGAAAUUCAGCCCCACCAGGAUAUACCAAACACAGAUGCAAAUUCCAUAAUUGAGGGCAUCAAAUUCAUUUUUGAGCUGGAUGGUGAUAAAUGGAUGGAACUUCCUGAUAAUCUUCUUGAUAUGACAUACCUUCGAGAAUGGCACAUAAGAAGAACUAAAAUCUGCAAACUACCAGAGUGGAUUGUGCAGUUUCCGGACCUCUGCGUAUUGGAUAUACCACAAAACGGAAUUGACAAGCUGCCUGUUGAAAUAGGUCAAUUAACAAUGCUGAGGGUGCUGAAAGUUAAUUACAAUAGGCUGUCCAGUAUUCCUCCAGAACUUGGUGAAUGUGAGAAUCUGGAGAGAUUGGAGCUAACUGGAAAUUAUCUUGAACAGUUGCCUUUUGAGUUAAGCAAUCUCAAGAAAGUCACACAUCUGGAUAUAGCAGAAAACCAAUUUGCCAGCAUACCCAUCUGUGCUCUUCGUAUGACAAGCCUACAAUUGUUGGAUAUGAGUAUCAACAUGUUGACGGAUUUGCCUGAGGAUAUGGACAGGUUGGAAGAAUUGGAAUCCUUGUUUGUUCAUAAGAAUAACAUGUCAUAUUUGCCAAAGUGUUUGGUAAAUAUCACUACACUCAAGAUGAUUGUUGUUAGUGGAGACACAUUGAUCUGCUGGCCUUCAGGGCUUAAAGAAAAUCCUGCCAUCAAAUUCAUUAAGCUAUAUGACAACAUGGUUGAUGAAAUAAUGGAGGGGGAUGAUGAGAUAUUGGAAACAAGGCAAGACCAUCACAAAGAAUUUAUGCAGACAUACAUUGACACAGUGAAGGACAGAGAAACUGCCCCAACAUACACCACCAAAGUGUCAUUCUCAUGCUGUCUGUAAUGGAGAUUCAGAUGACCAGAAGAAAACGGACAACCAUGCUGCUGUGCAUGCAUUGCAUGUCAAUCCUCUGAACACUUGUAAACAGUGGCCGAGUUCCAGGCUGACUACAUUGCAGAUGCAUGCCAAAACUCACAUCACCUGGAUAGAUGUUUAACACAGGGGCGUAGGCAUACUUGUCAGUGUUCCAAAUGGGAUAUUAUUUACUUAAACAUACAAACACCAUCAGAUAGAAUUCAUAGCAAGCAGUGCAUUGGGUUAGUCAGAUUUGAAUAAAUAUAACAGAAGAGAUGAACUGGAAUUAUUAUUUUUUUAAAUUUAAAUUUCACCUUUAUUUAACCAGGUAAGCUACUGCGACCUGGCCAAGAUAAAGCAAAGCAGUGCGACAGAAACAACAACACAGAGUUACACAUGGAAUAAACAAGCGUACAGUCAAUAACAUAAUAGAAAAAAAGAAAGUCUAUAUACAGUGUGUGCAAAUGGCAUGAGGAGGUAAGGCAAUAAAUAGGCCAUAGUAGCAAAGUAAUUACAAUUUAGAAGAUUAACACUGGAGUGAUAGAUGAGCAGAUGAUGAUGAGCAGAUGAUGGUGUGUAAGUACUGAUACUGUUGUGCAAAAGACCAGCAAAGUAAAUGAAAACAAUGUGGGGAUGAGGUAGGUAGAUUGGGGGGGCUAUUUACAGAUGGACUAUGUACAGCUGCAGCAAUCGGUUAGCUGCUCAGAUAGCUGAUGUUUAAGGUUAGUGAGGGCAAUGUAAGUCUCCAGCUUCAGCGAUUUUUGCAAUUCGUUCCAGUCACUGGCAGCAGCGAACUGGAAUGAAAGGCGGCCAAAGGAGGUGUUGGCUUUGGGGAUGACCAGUGAGAUAUACCUGCUGGAGCGCGUGCUAUGGGUGGGUGUUGUUAUCGUGACCAGUGAGUUCAGAUAAGGCAGAGCUUUACCUAGCAUAGACUUAUAGAUGACCUGGAGCCAGUGGGUCUGGCAACGAAUAUGUAGCGAGGACCAGCCGACUAGAUCAUACAGGUCGCAGUGGUGGGUGGCAUAAGGCGCUUUGGUAACAAAACGGAUGGCACUGUGAUAGACUACAUCCAAUUUGCUGAGUAGAGUAUUGGAAGCUAUUUUGUAGAGGACAUCGCCGAAGUCGAGGAUCGGUAGGAUAGUCAGUUUUACUAGGGUAUGUUUGGCGGCGUGAGUGAAGGAGGCUUUGUUGCGAAAUAGAAAGCCGAUUCUGGAUUUGAUUUUGGAUUGGAGAUGUUUGAUAUGAGUCUGGAAGGAGAGUUUACAGUCUAGCCAGACACCUAGGUAUUUGUAGUUGUCCACGUAUUCUAGGUCAGAACCGUCCAGUGAAUGACAUUCACUCUCAUGGGAUGGGUUGCCAAAAAUAACUAACUGGAAGCCACACCCCCAGUAAGCCAAAAAUAUGACUGCAAUGAAGCUUAUAUCCUUGUGCUUCUAUGCCACUUCCUGUUUCAUUUGUUCAUUUAGCAAACAAGACAGCUCAUAUUCCAGUGCCUUUAUCACAGUCAACCACCUAAAUUUGAUCUUUAAUUAGCUAUAAAAUUGCAGGAAAUUAUCUUUAAAACAGCAACAUUUUCUCUCAGCCUUAUGGCAAAAUGUAAAGAAUAGCAUGAGAUUAGCUAUAAAACAGCACAUUUUUCUCUUUGCCCCAUGAAAAAAAAAAAUACACAAAAUUGGCCCAUGCCACUGUUUUAACAUAUAAACUAACUCCAUCAUAUGAUUUUGCAAUCUGAUGCCAAAGCAGUCUAUGACAUUUCACGCAACCAUUGGUUGAUGCAAUGCAAUGUCUGCAAUGAAGUUGACCUGGAACAGUUCAGUUAGUUUUUAAGAUUAUGGAUGGGUUAAUGUUGUGCCAUGAUUACUAGUCUCUGCUGGAGUGCAAUAUCAUUUUAAAAUGUUGCAAUAUAGUAUGCUGUGUGAUUUUUACUUGACAUAUCAAAUGCCUUUUGGGGACCUUGCAUUUUGCAAAGGAAAGCAUGGUCCCCCACUUUUUAAUCCAUGAUCAAUAAGGCUUGUAAAUGACAUGACCAUAUCGAUAUACAUUUGUUAGGUGUAGAAUUUGUGCAGAUUGGGCUAGCACUAGCUUCAAUAUUUACGAAAGGUCUCUCACAUGUUAUGGGAGACCAUACGGUAGUUGUAAUAUGGUAUAUGUGUUCUGAUGUGACCAAACACUUGUUGCAUUGCAAUAGUUAAAGGCCUGAAUCUAGGUUUAUAUUAUUAUAUUUUUCUAACUUUUUUCUCAAAGACAACAAUAGUCAAUCAAGUUUACUGAAUGAGUGUCUGGGAUGCUGAGUGUUCUGCAAGUGAGCAGUUUGUAUGAUUUGUUAUAGACAAUGCUGUAUGAUUAAACACUUUCGAAGUCUGCACUCUGAUACCAAGAGCAAAUAUGAGGAAUCCUUUCCACAAAAUCUAAUUUUAUAUAAUACCCACAUAAUGGUGGUCAAAAUGUGUGGAUUAUAAAUCCAUACAUACUAGUAUAAAUUAUGUAAUGCAGACAUCCAACAAUGGCUAUACAUUUCUUUAUUAUUGUAGAUAUUAUUCAGAAUUAUGAUUUAAAAGAAAACAAAGCUAUUACAAAUGCACAACCCAUGAAGAAAUAAUUCAACAUCAUUUAAAAAAAAGACCUCAAAAUAGAUUGAGCAAAAAUAUAAAACGCAACAUGUAAAGUGUUGGUCCCAUGUUUCAUGAGUUGAAAUAAAAAGAAAUCCCAGAAAUGUUCCAUACGCACAAAGCGUAUUUCUCUCAAAUUUUGUGCACAAAUUUGUUUACAUCCCUGUAAAUGAGCAUUUCUCCUUUGCUAAAAUAAUCCAUCCACCUGACAGGUGUGGCAUAUCAAGAAGCUGAUUAAACAGCAUGAUCAUUACACAGGUGCAACUUGUGGUGGGGACAAUAAAAGGCCACUUUAAAAUGUGCAGUUUUGUCACACAACACAAUGCCACAGAUGUCUCAAGUUUGUUGGGAGCAUGCUGACUACAGGAAUGUCCACCAGAGCUGUUGCCAGAUAAUUGAAUGUUACUUUCUCUACCAUAAGCUGCUUCCAACGUCGUUUUAAGGAAUUUGGAAGUGCGUCCAACCGGCCUCAAAACUGUA